AUGAGUGAAGUGAAAAAGAGGAAAAUCUAUUCUUCUUCAUCAGUUAAUGUUGAUUAUGGAUUAAUUGAACAAUUAAACCAGAUAAUACUGUUGUUUGUACCAAAAGGAGAAAACACCACAACCGCCAAUGACAAUAUCAAUCCAUUAUUAAUUUCAUUUAUUGAAUCAAGAAAUUUACCUAAAAUAUUAUCAAUAUGGUCAUAUUAUUCAUCAACUAAUGAUUUCCACAAUUUGAUUGAUAUAUCGAUUAAAUUAUCAAAAAUCACUUUUCAAAUUGAUCAAAUUAAAUCUUAUUUAUCAAUUCCAAUCAAACAAUUAAUUAAUGAAUUUUAUAAACAAAUUUUAAAUAAUUCUCAAUAUAUGAAAAUCAUAUAUCGAGCAUUAAAUAAUAUGAAACCAAGUAUAACUAUAGCUAAUAUUCGAAUUUUAAUUAAUAUGAUUAAAUUUGAUCCUUUGAUUAUUGGACAAGAAUUUUUAAAUGGAUUUGAUUUAACAUUAAAUGUAUUACCAAAAUUAUUAAUCCCUAAAAAAUAUGAAUUAGAAACAGAAGCAAAUUCCUUGUCAGCAAAUGAAAGUUUCCAAUCUAGUACUAUUAGAUCUAAUUUUAUUAGAUUUUGGUUUGAAUUAUGUUCUAAUGUAUCAUUUAUUCAUCGUCAAGAUUUAUUACUUAAUCAUCGGAAAAUCCUUAAUAAUAUAUGGAAAUAUUUAUCAAUUGAUUCAAUUGAAUUAAUUGAAUUUAUUAUUGAUUUCAUUGAUUUGAAAAUAUUUCAAGAAUUGAAUUUUAAACGAUCAAUUAAAUGUAAAAUAUUGAAUGAAAAUUUCAUUUAUAAAAUAUCAAUUUUAUUCACUAAAUUUAGUAACAGUACUAAUACUAGCAAAUCCAAGUUUAUUACAUUUAUUGAUAAAUUAGCUAUUGAUUCUAAAUAUGGUUUAAGUUUUCCUAAUGAUAAAUUAUGGGAAAAAGAUUCUAAUAUUGGAGUUAUAAUUGAAAUUAAUAAUAAACAAUUUAAAAUUGCUAAUAAAUUAUUAUACACUUUAGUUACUAGUCUUAAACCCAAUGAAUCAAAUGAUCAAUUACAAUAUAUCAUAAGAGUAUUAACUCAUAAUCAAGAAUUAAUUGCACCUUAUAUGAAUUGGAUAGUUCAACAUGGUGGUGGUUAUCAUGAUCCUUCAUUAACUUCUUGGUGGAUCACUUAUACUUUAUUAUAUUCACAAAUUUUACAAAUCCCUCCCUCAACAGGUAAUAAUAGUAACACCACUAAAUUUGAUAGUAAAUUAAUUAGUGAAAAUAUUAUUUUGGCACCAUUAGGGAAAACUGUCUUAAUUAAUGGAUUAACAAUCAUUAAAAAACCUUUAAUUAUUCAAUUAACAUUUCAAUUGAUUUUAUAUAUUUUAAAAAAAUUAGAAUCAUUUUUGAAAAUAGUUAAUGUUAAACAAGAUUUAAUUGAUUUAGUUUUCACUCAAUUACCUGAUUUAAAUUCAAUAAUUCAAGUAAUAAAUUCACCUACACUUUUAGGUCAACAACUGCAACAGUAUAAAAUUAUUAAAUUAACUGCAUUAACUAUUAUUGAGAAAUAUGAAUCAUUAUUACCUUCAGUUGAAACUACCACCACUACCACUAGUAACAAUAAUAUGGUUCAAAAAUUAGUAUCUAUGGGUAUAUCUACAUUUACAGAAAACGUUGAUAACAAUUUAACCAAUUAUGAUUUAAUUUUAUUUGAUUUAUAUAUGAAAAUUAAUAAUAAUAUUGAUAGUGGUCAAGAUUUUAAAUGGUGGAAUAAAUUAACUAAUAAUUCUAAUUCAUUUUUCACCGUGUUAAUUAAAUUUAUUAUCACAACUCAAACCAUUCAUAACAACAGCAACAGCAAUAAUUCACAAGUUAUAAUUGUAAAAAUUUAUCAAUUAUUGAAUAAAUUAUGUAAUGAUAAAAUGUUAUUUAAUAAUCAAUUAUUAGUAUCACCAAUAAUGGCAUUAAUUUAUUCCUUAGAUGAUAACAUUAGCAACAACAAAGAUGCUAAUCAAUUUUUGAACAAGAUUUGGAAUAUGUUGGAUGAAACAAUAUCAAGAGUAGUUAGAACUCCUUAUAAAUAUCUUGAUUUAAGUCAUUCACAAUAUCAAGAUACUAGUAUAUUUAAUGUUGCUUUGAUUGAACAAUUUAAAUUUAUCCUCAACAAAAAGGAAUCAUUUAAUGUUGAUGAUAAAGAUGAAGAUGAUGUUAGAAUAUAUUAA